AUGCUUUCUCAAACCCCUUUUGAGGAGUCCCCACAACCCGGUGACCCCCCGGCCCUGACGUCUAAUUUGGCCUGGGAGGUCGAAUCGUCCUCAAACAAUCGCGAAACCCGCGCGGUGGAGUCGGGGAUGUCCCCUGUGGAGGGUUCUUUGAUUAUAUCCGACUCCGCCCCCCCCAAACCCCGCCCUCCCUCUUAUCGUUCGGAGCGGAAGCCCUUGGCCAAGUUCAGCGUGGGAAAGCCCUUCAAAGGCAAGGAAAUCCUGCGCCCGAUCACGUAUUUUCCCAUUUUGGUGGAGGUUUUGGUGAAAAAUGAUGGGGAAUUCACCACGCCGGAGGUCCCGACGGGGGUCCACCCGCGCCUGAUUCGCCUCGGCGUCAAGCGAAACGACUGGAGCCGCCCAAGCGGGGCGACGGUGGAGCGGCGGUAUAAAGAGCUGAUGGAGCUUCGUGAGAUAUUGACCUAUCAAUUCCCCGGGAUGAUUAUUCCCCCCUUGCCGGACAAAGACGGGGUGAACCACCUCGAAACCUACUUCAACGCGGCCGAUCAGAUGCUCCGGCAGCGGUAUAACAUUCAAUUCUUCCUCAGCGAGAUCGCGGCGAUGCCCGAGGUGAUGUUUUUCUCGGAGUGGGUCCCGCCUUUUUUUCUCGACCCCCGCGAGACCUUCGAGACCGGGACGCUGACCCGCCUGCAGGCCGCCCUGAAGGAUCUUCGACUGGUCAACAAAACGGUGGAUCUCUUCAAACGGCGGAAUUGCGGGUUUGUCGAAUCCACCACAAACAAAAUCGCGAAAAAGUCGACCAAACUCGUCCGCUCCAUCGCGGGGUUAUUUUGGGGGGAGGGCGGGGAUGGAAUGGGGCCCGGGGAGAACCCGCGCGCGCAGUGGUCCGUCCUCCCUAGGGACCUUCAGGAGGAUGCCAAGGCCUGGGAGGCCAUUGUCGACGUCUUGAAUCACCACCAGGGGCUUUUUAAAAAGGCCGCGAAAAGUUUCGAGACUUUUCUCGACUCCACCAACAAUUGGAAUACCGAGCAAACCAAAGCCGCCUCGGCGAUGGCGGAUUACGGGACCACGCUGCGCAAGGCCGAGUGCUUCACGCAGCUCGCCGAGCAUUUCCACAACGCCUCGAGCAUGAUGAGCGAUGUCGCGGAAAAAGAACGGCAGCUCGCCGACAAACGCUACUUUAACGUCUGUUUAAGGCUGCGGUUUGAAUACAACUAUAUCGAUUCCGUUCUGAAUGCGAUCGACCACGUGCUGAGUUUGUACCGCAGUCUCGCCAGUGAUGUGUACGACGUCAAAGAUGCUUUUUAUCUCAGCAAACUACAAUACACCACCGCCAUCAAUGAAGGGCUUAUGCGGGACUAUACCCAACGCUACCGGCGUUAUUACAUCUAUCGAAUGCGCAAUCUUCUGUCCGACCAACUCGUGAAGCCCACCCUUGAGUCGAUUUCUGUGAUUGAGGAAACGACGCAGAAUGCGCCUUUUGUGUGCUCUAUAAAGCAAAAUGAUUCCACCAAUUACUAA